AUGGCUGCCUUUUGUGUGAUGAAACUUUUAUGUCAAGCAACCAGAAAUGAGAAGAGAUAUGCAAAAAGACUCUUUGGUACUCUUCUGACACAACCACCACCAAAGAGGGUCUUUUCUCCAGUCUGGAUGGUGGUACCUGACCCUACAAAAUCAACUGUGUUUGGACUUGCUCAGCCAUUUUGUACAGCUGAAAAAUUUCACACGGAACCAAAAAGGAAAGCGGCAUUUGGAAGCGUUGGGCGAAGAAUUCCCUAUCGGAUUUUGCACGUAAUCGACCAGGAUGGAGAGAGCUUAGGAAAUAUGCACCGAGCAGAGGCACUCAAACUUAUGGAUCAGCGUGACCUGAAACUAGUCCUGCUUUGUGAGAAGGCAGAACCUCCUGUAUACAGACUAAUGACUGGGCAGCAGAUUCACGAAGAACAGCUUAAACAUGCAGAGAAGAGAAAAGCAAGUCCAAAACCAGGGGUGGUUCAGAAGGAGUUAUCCUUCUCUUCAGCUAUUGCCAAGAACGACUUGGAGACCAAGACUAAACAGAUAGCACAGUGGAUUGAAAAGAAAUACCAUGUUAAAGUUACCAUCCGGCAAGCAAAAGGCAGCAAUACAGACAUGUUCACCCUUUUUGAUCAGAUUCUGGAGACUGUGUCCGAGAAAGCCACUUAUCUUUCCAAGCCAAAAGUUACUAGAGAAGGAGUGAGUACCUGUAUUUUGAGACACAUGUCUGAGAAAGAGUUGAAAGCAUACCAGAAGAUGGAAAAACAGAAAAAGAGUGCAGUAAAGGAAGAUGAAAACAAAGAUCUGCAAGUCAAAUGAGUUGCAUCAGUGACUUUAUGAAGAGGUGUAAACAAUACUAACUUCUUAUUUAAAAAAAAAA